AUGGCCAACACAGAAUGGAGAAAUCAAACGACCAUCACAGAAUUUAUCUUCCUGGGAUUUGGGGAUCUCCCUGAGUUGCAGAUCCUUCUCUUCCUGCUGUUUCUAGUGUUCUACAUUGCAACCAUGGCUGGCAACGUCCUCAUUCUUGUGCUAAUUGUGACUGAUCAGCACCUUCACACCCCCAUGUACUUCUUCCUCGGGAACUUGUCCUUCUUGGAAACCUGCUACACCUCCACCACCCUGCCCAAGAUGCUGGCCAGUCUCCUGACUGGGGAUCGGACCAUUUCAGUCAGUGGCUGCCUUGCACAACUGUUCUUCUUUGGUUCUCUGGCAGGUACAGAAUGCUGUCUUCUAGCAGUGAUGUCUUAUGAUCGGUAUUUAGCGAUAUGUAAACCCCUGCACUAUUCAGUUCUGAUGAAUAUCAGGUUUUGUCUCCUGUUGGCUGCUGGGUCAUGGGUCAAUGGUUCUUUGGCUAUUACCAUCUUUAUAUUAUUCAUGUCACAGUUCAUAUUCUGUGGCCCGAAUGAAAUUGACCAUUUCUACUGUGAUUCCGGCCUAUUGGUAAAUCUUGCUUGCGGGGACACACACCUUAUGGCAUUGUUGCUUUCUGUCCUAGCCUGUGUAUUCACUCUACCUCCUUUUCUACUAACCUUGACAUCCUACGUGUGUAUCAUCACCACUAUCCUGAGAAUCCCUUCCAUCACUGGGAGGCAGAAAGCCUUUUCCACCUGCUCCUCUCACCUAAUUGUGGUGACAAUUUUCUAUGGGACCAUAAUGAUUGUCUACAUGCUCCCAAAACGUGAUACACCACGAGUGCUAAAGAAAGUGCUCUCUCUUUGCUACACAGUCCUCACUCCUCUGGUAAACCCUCUGAUCUACAGCCUGAGAAACAGAGACUUCAAGGAAGCCUUGAGCCAAGCAGUCAUUAAAUACGUGGCUUUCACAAAGAAUGUAGAGAUGGGUAGAUAA